GACCUCUUUAUAUUUGACGUCAUUCCUUCUCGAGAAAGAAAGAAGAUCCAAAAAGGAAAGGAAGGAACGAUAGAGAGUCACGGGCUCGUUUCUCCAUCCUUCUUCGUAUUAUAAAAUCCAUCUGUGCCCAGAAUCGAAAUCCCAUUUUUAUUUUUUCAUCAUCUUUUAUUCGAUUGAAUCGUUUCUUUGAUCUCUCGUGUUAUCGACAUAAAUUUGAUUUAGAACUUCAAAUUUGAUACGGAUAUACGAUGUCAUAUGCUUAUCUCUUCAAGUACAUCAUCAUCGGUGACACAGGUGUUGGGAAAUCCUGUCUCCUUCUGCAAUUCACCGACAAACGCUUUCAGCCAGUUCAUGACUUGACUAUUGGUGUUGAAUUUGGGGCUAGAAUGGUUACAAUUGAUGGAAAACCUAUAAAACUACAGAUUUGGGACACGGCUGGUCAAGAGUCAUUCAGAUCUAUUACUAGGUCUUACUACAGAGGGGCUGCAGGGGCACUACUAGUUUAUGACAUCACAAGGCGGGAAACUUUUAACCACCUUGCAAGUUGGUUGGAGGAUGCAAGGCAGCACGCAAAUGCUAACAUGACCAUAAUGUUGAUAGGAAAUAAGAGCGAUCUGGCUCACAGAAGAGCAGUCAGCACAGAAGAAGGGGAGCAAUUUGCAAAGGAACAUGGCUUGAUCUUUAUGGAGGCCUCUGCCAAGACUGCUCAGAAUGUUGAGGAGGCAUUUAUAAGAACUGCUUCCAUGAUCUAUAAGAAGAUUCAGGAUGGUGCCUUUGAUGUAUCAAAUGAGUCUUUUGGAAUCAAAGUUGGAUAUGGCGGAAUCCCGGGACCGUCAGCUGGAAGAGAUGGGGCUACUUCCCAAGGAGGAUCUUGCUGCGGUUGAGUGGGAAUUGAUUCUAUAAACAGAUCUUGUGAAGGUUGUUUGUUCUAGUUUUAUGCAUUGGUUUUUAGAGUGUCUUACUAUCCCAAGAUUAUUUCCUAUUUGGUUUUCUUAAUUAUGAAAUGUGUAAAAACAGUAAAAAUGAUAACAUUAAAUACGUUUGUACAUCCUGACUUUUAUUUC